AUGGGCGUGGGGGAGAUAUGGGAGUUCAUCAAGGCCCACGAGCGGGUGCACGUUGCCUUCUGCGUGACGGGCAUCCUGGGCUGCCUCAUGUGCUACGGUGUGCUACAGGAGCGCAUCAUGGCGGAGCCCUUCGCGCCUGACGGCGAGAGGUUCACGGAGUCGCUGUUCCUGGUGCUUUGCAACCGCCUGGUGACGACCGCCGUGUCCCUGGGUGUGAUCCUGACGCUCCAGUUGGAUCUGAAGCCCGUGGCGCCGCUGUAUUCCUACGCCGUGGUGGCCUUCUCCAACGUGGUGGCCACCACCUGCCAGUACGAAGCCCUCAAGUAUGUGAGCUUCCCCGUGCAGACGCUGGGCAAGUGCGCCAAGAUGAUCCCCGUUAUGAUCUGGGGCGGCAUCAUGAUGCGCAAGAAAUACAACCUGAAGGACUACCUGGUGGCCACGGGCGUCACCCUGGGCUGCACCGCCUUCAUCCUCACCGGGGAUGUCAAGUCCAACCACCCCUCCCCCGGCGACAGCAACCUGUACGGCCUGCUCCUGAUGCUGGGCUACCUCAGUUUUGAUGGCUUCACGUCCAACUUUCAGGACAAGCUGUUCAAGGGCUUCCGCAUGACGAUGUUCAACCAGGCGCUGUACGUGCAGCUGACAGCCACGCUGCAGUCCCUCUUCGUGCUGCUCACCUCGGGCAGGCUGUGGAAGGCGAUCGACUUCGUGUUCGGCCACCCGCAGGCGCUGGUGUACAUUAUGCUGCUAUCCCUUGCGGCCACCUGCGCCCAGCUGUUCAUAUACCACACCAUCAAGUCGUACGGCGCCCUGCUGUUCGCCACGGUCAUGACCACCCGCCAGUUCCUGUCCAUCCUGCUGUCAUGCAUCAUUUUUGUGCACCCCCUGACGCUGGGGCAGUGGGCGGGCACGGUGGUGGUGUUUGGGACGCUGUACUACAAGGCCUUCGCUGGAAAAAAGGGCGGAGGCAAACCUCCGGAGAAGGACCCAGAGAAGGGGAAGGAAGAGGGGGCUGGCCAUGGCGAUGAGGAGCGGGCACCAUUGGUGUCGCAAGCUGGGGGAGGCGACAAAACGCUUGCAGGCACCGCUGACAAAUGA